CUUUUCACAGCAACCGAAGGGCAGGAGUUAGUUUGGCUAAAGCUCUCAGGACAUUAUAAUGGCUUUAGCAUUUAGAACUGUGGCUCAACUAGCUGGAGUUUCAUUAUCUUGGCUGGGAUGGGUUUUAUCCUGUCUUACAAACUACCUGCCACAUUGGAAGAACCUCAACCUGGACUUAAAUGAAAUGGAAAACUGGACCAUGGGACUCUGGCAAACCUGUGUCAUCCAAGAGGCAGUGGGGAUGCAAUGCAAGGACUUUGACUCCUUCCUGGCUUUGCCUGCUGAACUCAGGGUCUCCAGGAUCUUAAUGUUUCUGUCAAAUGGGCUGGGAUUUCUGGGCCUGCUGGUCUCUGGGUUUGGCCUGGACUGCUUGAGAAUUGGAGAGAGUCAGAGAGAUCUCAAGAGGCGACUGCUGAUCCUGGGAGGAAUUCUGUCCUGGGCCUCGGGAAUCACAGCCCUGGUUCCUGUCUCUUGGGUUGCCCACAAGACGGUUCAGGAGUUCUGGGAUGAGAACGUCCCAGACUUUGUCCCCAGGUGGGAGUUUGGGGAGGCCCUGUUUCUGGGCUGGUUUGCUGGACUUUCUCUUCUACUAGGAGGGUGUCUGCUCCACUGUGCAGCCUGCUCCAGCCACGCUCCCCUAGCUUCGGGCCACUACGCAGUGGCACAAACACAAGAUCAUCAUCGACAACUGGAGACGAGAAACGCCAACCUGAAAAACUAAGCCAGAAAGGACAAGCGUCUGCUGUUCAGGAGACGCUUACUCAACACUGGAUUUGGUAGGAUGUCCCGCUCUAGUCAUCUCACUGUGCUUUUGAUUUUUGAAAAUGCAUUUUUUCCUGUGGCUAUUAAACUAUAGUUUCUUUCCAAGACUGGUAAACCAUUUUUGUCUUCUAGUCUGAGACCAAAAUCAAUCAAGACUGAAUAGUAAUGACACCCAUUACUGUGGAUGAGUUUUCUCAAUUUUAAAAUAGCGAUUGCACAGAAGUGGUAAAUAAAACAUUAAUCUGUAUGUAUCUUUGAAGGUAUUAUUCAUAUGGAGCGGAAUCAUUUGGCAAAUCAUGUACUUCUUUCGGGUGUUUAAGAUAACCUAGUAUAAUAAGCCUGAGGUCU